ACAAAUACCAAGUGGCUGGAGGAUCCAUCUUAGAAAGAUAGUGUAAAGAUGAAUUUGGUGAAUGGAGAACAUGAUAGCAAGCUUCUCCAAGCUCAAGCUCAUGUUUGGAACCACAUUUUCAGCUUUAUAAAUUCCAUGUCUCUUAAAUGUGCUAUUCAAUUAUGCAUACCAGAUGUCAUCCACAACCAUGGGAAACCCAUGACCCUUACCCAGUUGCUUACUGUAUUACCAGUUCACCCCUCCAAAAUAAUCUUUGUCCACCGCCUCAUGCGCAUCUUAACUCACUCUGGUUUCUUUACACUUACUAAAGCUAGUGAAAAUGAUGAAGAAGAAGAGUAUGCUUAUACUCUCACCACUUCUUCACAACUCCUCCUUGAGGACAACCCUUUGAGUGUCAAACCUUUCCUAAUGGCUAUGCUCGAUCCCGUGUUAACAACACCAUGGAAUCAUCUCUACACUUGGUUUCAAAAUGGUGAUUCUACUCCUUUCGAUGUAGCUCACGGGAUGAAAUUAUGGGCGUAUAUUGGACAUGAGCCAAAAUUUAACCAUUUUUUUAAUGAAGCCAUGGCUAGUGAUGCCCGAUUAGUUACUAGUGUGGUGAUUGAUAAGUGUGAGCAUGUGUUCAAGGGAUUGAAGUCGCUGAUCGAUGUUGGUGGUGGCACUGGAACUGUGGCUAAGGCCAUCGUUAAAGCUUUUCCAUACUUGGAAUGCACUGUAUUUGAUCUCCCACAUGUCAUUUCUAGUAUGCAAAGCCAUGGAAAUCCUAAAUAUGUUGGAGGAAACAUGUUUGAUGUCAUUCCUUCUGCAGAUGCAGUAUUACUUAAGUGGAUAUUACAUGAUUGGAAUGAUGAAGAAUGCGUGAAGAUUCUGAAGAAAUGCAAGGAAGCAAUUACAAGCAACGGGAAGAUGGGGAAGGUUAUUAUAAUAGACAUGUUGCUUGAGAAGAAAGAAGGGGAUGAUAAAUCGACUGAAACGCAGCUUUUCUUUGACAUGGUGAUGAUGACAUUGGUUACAGGAAAAGAGCGAGAUGAGAAAGAAUGGGCCAAGCUUUUCUUCAAAGCUGGUUUCACUCACUAUAAAAUAAACCCAAUAUUGGGUUUAAGAUCUCUCAUUGAGCUUUAUCCCUGAGAAGCUGCCAAGCUUUCACAUGAAAAUUUGUUCUGGUUUUUAUCAAUGUCUACUUUAUUAUUUUGCAAUUUCCAAAGGGUGCUGUGCGGAGAAAUUGUGCUUCACUUAAUUUCUCUGUUUUUAAUUUAGUUCUUGUCCUCUAGAUUAGUGGAAAUGUUAUAUGAAAUAAAUUCAAGCAAUAAUAACAGAUAAUUUGAGUUUUCA